CAUUCGUCGCUGAGUAGUGACGUAGUUUCUGCAACCAUGGCGGCAGAGGGUUCGGACAUGAGCAGCAACGGGGAUGUGGACUCUGAGCUAGAAACUCUUGCAGCUGAGCCCCUCCCCGAGACUCUGGAACCUUCGGAUGAAAUUCCAGAGCCCUUUGCAGAAGUUCCAGAACAUGUGGCCAUAAUUCCUCAGCCCAUGGCUGAGGCUCCAGAACCUAUGGCUGAAGUUCCGGCGGCAGUGCCGGAGACGUCUGAGGAGAAUGGGGGCAGUGGCACCACAGCCCCAUACGCGGUGCCCCUGGAGGAAGGAGACGAAGAUGAAGACGGGGAGCUGCCGGUUGAUUUCGAGAGACUAUGGAGGGUGGCCCAUGACAAUCCGCAGGAAUUCUCUAGCUGGACUGAACUUCUGCAGUACUGUGAACAAGAGGGUCACAUGACCGCCUCCCGCCGGGCACUCGGAGCGUUCCUGACGAGGUACCCGCUGUGUUACGGCUACUGGAAGAAAUAUGCAGACCUCGAGAGGCGUGCGGGAAACACCAACAGAGCGCAGGAGGUGUGUGUGCGAGGUCUGAAGGCGAUCCCUCUGAGCCUGGACCUGUGGAUCCACUACAUCACCCUGCUGCAGGACACACUCAACAUGAACUUACCAGAAUCCACACAGCGCAUUCGCAGUGCCUUCGAGUCCGCCGUGCUGGCCGCUGGCAUGGAGUUCCACUCAGACCGGCUGUGGGAGAUGUAUACAGAGUGGGAGAGGGAGCAGGGCGACCUGCGGGCCGUGACUGCGGUCUAUGAGAAAGUGCUGAGGACCCCCACCCAGCUGUACGCGGGGCACUUUGAGAGGUUUAAGGCUUUUCUGUCAGCCCACCACCCACGGGACAUCCUGUCCACUGAGGAAUUUAAGCGGCUGCAUUUAGAACUUCAGCAGAGCCAGGGGGAAGGGACCACACCCGCGGAGGGGGAGGAGGAGAGGCCCCCGGGGGAGGACUGCCCCAGUGACGCUGCCUCUGGGCACCAGUAUACGGAGGAACAGGUGCAGAAGAUGCAGGAGCUCCUGUUGGCCAGCAGACAGAAGGUGUACCAGCAGACUGAGAUGGAAGUCGGGAAGAGGUGGAACUUUGAGGAAGCUAUAAAAAGGCCUUAUUUCCAUGUGAAGCCCUUGGACCGGGCCCAGCUGAAGGCCUGGCAUUCGUACCUGGACUGGGAGAUGGGUGAGGCCGCCCUGGAGGUUCAGGAGGGGGCAGCGGAAGACCAGGAGGGGGCGAGCGUGAGCAGAGGCAGCCGCAAGAGGGUGCUGGUGCUCUUUGAGCGGUGCCUGAUCGCCUGCGCCCUGUACGAAGAGUUCUGGACUAAGUAUGUGCAGUACCUGGAGCAGCACAGCGUGGAGGAAGCACGCAGUGUGUACCGUCGGGCCUGUGAGAUCCACCUGUCGCACAAGCACAGUAUGCACCUACAGUGGGCCACCUUUGAGGAGAGGCAUGGCAACAUCACUGAAGCUGGCCGUGUGCUGGAAAACCUGGAGCAGACUAUGCCAGGGCUGGCCAUGGUGCGCCUGCGGAGGGCGGGGCUGGAGAGGCGCACCGGCCGAUUGGACCAGGCAGAGGCCCUGCUCCGGGAGGCGGUGCAGCAGAGCAAGGACUCGCCCUCCCUCCACGCCUUCUACUCCAUCAAGCUGGCCCGUCUGCUGCUGAAGCUGGGCAAGAACGCAGCCAAGGCCAAGACCGUGCUACUGGAGGCCAUCGAGCUCUGCCCGGACAACAGCAAGCUGCACCUGAACCUGCUGGAGCUGGAGGUGGCAGCGGACGUGCGGGGCAGCGGGACGGGGGUGCAGCAGUGUGUGAGCCGGGCCCUCAGCGCCCCCCUGUCUCCUCGUACCAAACUGCUGUUCUCACAGCGGGGGCUCCAGUUCGCUGAGGACUUUGGCUCCUCGGUGCAGAGUGUGUUAACAGUGUACGAUGAGCACCAGAAGCUGCUGAAGGAAACUGGCAAUAAGAAGAGGAGUGCUGAGAACGGGAGUAGUGAGGAGCCUGAGAAAAUCAGCAAAAUGGAGGACAACUCUGCCAUGUCUACACCCUCCAUGGCCACACCUCCAGUCGCACCUCCGGUUCCCAUGACAACACCCCCUCCCCCCAUGAUGGGUGGAGACAUGAGUGGCUCUCAUUCCGCAUAUGGCUAUGGAGGCUGGUAUCAGCAACAGCAGUAUGGAGGCUAUGGCUAUCAGAAUCCAUGGAACUACAAUCAGUACUAUCCUCCCAGCUAGGGGAGUCACUGUUGACGGAAAAAGACUGCAGACAUUGCGAGCAGUUUUGUUGUGGAUGCUGUGGGUGCUGUUUAGCAUUCUUGGCCCACACAUCCAAGAUAUAUUUUCAGCAUGUUAACAGUCGGUAAAACAUGAUUAUAAAAAUCUGACCAACAGUUGGUACUAUGGAUGGGGUAGGCAUUUUUAUUGUAUGUAGAAAUUGCUCAAGAUCUAUUCAACAAACGACUUGUGCCCUCUUAGGCUGAGAAUGUGUUUUACAGAAAAAGACUGAGAGGAACCACUUUUAGUCACCAAUGUGAUUUCAGAUAGUUAACUCUCAAACUCACCCCAAUAUGCAAGGCUGCAUUGUCAUUUAAUGCAUUUGGUGUUUUUAACUGAACUGGCCUAAUUCUAUGGCAAUUUUGAUGUUUUUUUUUUUUCAGUCUUUAAGCAAAAGUGUAAUUAUUCAUUAUCCAGACGUCUAUAAAGUAGUUUCCAUUUCAUAAAGUUUGUCACUUAACUUUUCCUCCUCACUCUUUGGCACCUUGAAAAAUGUAGUUAGAUGUAGUGAGAGACAGUCAGGCAUGUUUUACUGCCUUUACCCAGUGGAUCUAAUUGGUUAUGUGUGGAGUGAUUGAAGGCUGCUGGCCUAAUGGUGCACCAGUGGAGCUUCAAGCAUGAAAUGCAUUUCCCUUCAUUCGUGCAGGCUUCAGAGGAUUGCUCAGAAUUACUGGUAAUGUCUGGUUUCUGCUGCUUCUCAUCCAUAUUCAUGAGCACAGCCUGGAGGUGUUUUUCAAGAUGAGAGGUUUUAUCAUGCAUUUUAGUGUUCCAUUUUGACACUAGAACAUUCCAAUUUAGCAUAGAUAUUUUUUGUGUAUAUAAAUGUUAAUUUUUUAUGAUUUGAAUAUGGCGUGUUCUUGGUAAGAGAAUUAACGAAUACCCAGGGUUAUAUUGGUGACUUCCAAAGAUCCCCUUCCACCAUUUUUUUUCUUUUGUUUUGCAUUACAUAUCAAUAGCCGUGCGGAUGCUUCUCAAACCGUAUUUGACUGUACACUGUUCUGAGUUGGGAGAUUUUACAUGUGUUACAGCUUGGCAUGAGAAAUUGACCUCUGAAAUAAGUUGAUUAUUUUUAUUGUCAGUGAAAUUUGAAAUUUGAAAUGAAAAAAAAAAAAAUCUAUUCAAAUCUGACCAGCAAGAUUCAAACCAGGACCAUGCAGUACUGCCGCAGGAGUAUGGUUUAAAUGAACAUGUAUAUUCUAUACUCUGCUCUAAAUUGUUACCUUGGAAGUCACUCAAGCAAACAAAGUUUUCUUUGAUAAUCCAUUCCAUUUUUACUGCCACAUCUGAGACCCAAACAAUUCACUCAGACAUUUGCACAGUCUGUACAGCAUACAAGUGUCAAUGUUCGUUUUAAUCUAAUGAUGAACAUUUUAACUUCCAAUGUUGCUUGCAUAUUUUUAUACAAAAUAAAACAGUUGGUGUACCAUAA